UCAAUUAUUCAUCCCUGGACUAUUGACGAGAACAGAAACAGUUCUAUGUCUUCGGCACAGCGACCUCCGCCCGAUUACUCGCAGCCUUGCGAGCCAAGGUCGAGGCAGAGAGUAUCUGUAGCUUGCCUACCUUGCCGCAAAAAGCGGAUACGCUGCGAUGGCACAGUGCCUAUUUGUAACUCAUGCACAACCAAAGGCGUGGCCUGCGAGUACAAUUUUACCGAGAACAAACGCAAGCCCCCAAGCAAGGGUUAUGUUCAAGCUUUGGAAGCACGCAUACGCUGCUUAGAGGAACGACUGGACGCACAGAAUGAGGCGCAACUGACAAAGAGUACGCUCGACAACGAAGAAGCCGCCGUAACGAUGCAUUUCGGUGACGCGAACCAAUCAGAAGGCCGAGACUUGACAUCUAUGGUGACGGGCUUGCUGGGCCGCCUGAAUGUUGGUGAUGACGGACAGUUGCACUAUUUUGGGUCUCAAAGUAACUUCCAUCUCUUACACGGCAGUCUGGGUUCUGUCACGAUGGAAUCUACCGUCUCAAUGCAACGACAAGGCCUCGCCGCUGUGGGGUGCUUGGGGAAGGACAUGCCGCUGUCGACGGAGCUCCAGGAGCAUUUGCUCGAACUCUACUGGACCUGGCAGAAUCCUUGGAACUACAUCGUUCAUAAAGGAGCCUUCUCCAGAGCUUUUCAUAGCAGGACCUAUGGCCGGUACUGUACUCCAUCGCUUCUUUCAGCCAUCUUUGCCCUUGCUUCUCGAUACUCGGAUCGUCGCGAACUGCGUGCGGUCCCCGACGACCCCAGCACUGCCGGAUAUGCCCUCUUUGAACAGGCAAAGAUAUUACUGCUAUACGAGAGCCAAGCGCCUACUGUUGCCACAGUCCAAGCAGCGGCGUUGAUGGCCAUCAGAGCCUUGUCAGACAAUCAAGAAGCGUUGGGUUGGCUAUACUGCGGAAAUGCGGCGCGCAUGGCGCUGAGCCUAGGACUCCAUAUCGAUUGUUCCCAAUGGGUUGCCUCCGGGCUUAUCAGCCAAGAUGAAGCAGAAGUUAGAAAGGUCACAUGGUGGGGAUGCUAUACCGUUGACAAGCUUUUCUCCAUCGCGCUAGGCAGACCCGGUUGUACUAGGAAAUCCCAGUCUACCUGUCCUAAACCAAGCUUAGAUCAUGACGCUGAAUAUGAGGCCUGGGUCCAAAUUCCAGGCUUAACGCAAGAUAAUUCACUCCCAGUAUUACAGAGCCGUACUGUCUCGACUGCACAUUUCAUUGCAGAAUGCUUAUCGAUAGCAUCGGAGGCUAUGGAUCAAAUUUAUGCUCCAAACAGCGGUUUAUCACAAAAGGACAUUGAAAACAUCGUUGGAAAAACCGAUCUUGAGUUGCGUGCAUACUACGUCAAUCUACCAAGCCACCUCCGACUGCCAUCGACGCUACGGACAUUAGCUCCUGCCCACAUUUACCAGCUCCAGCAAGUUCAGGCGCAGAUUUAUACCAAUGCAAUGACUAAUCUGGAUGUCACAGCAUGCAGUACCAUGUCAACAUAA